AUGCCGCUUGUGCUUGGUCCGUUCUACUCUUCCUUCUGUUUGCUCUUUAAAGUCUUCAUUGUGCUCUCUUAUUCUCUACGUCUACUGAGCCUAGUGAGCGUCGGUGGCAACUCCCCUCUCAGAAUGCGAAUCGCCGCUGCCCAUCUUCUUCUUCUUAGUCCCCUCUUUUGGAAUUGCACCGGGUCGGCCGUCUUCCAUACACCACCAGCCCCCGGCCCCCAAUACGACUUUCAGGACAAUCCUCAGUAUGCGCUAGGCGAGAUAAUAGACAUCCAAUGGAGCACUGAUGACCAGUUCGUUGACUUAUUCGUUGUUCAAACGUCUCCGGACUUAGAGACCCUUGCCGCUGUGAUUAUGGACGAAAACGUGCCUUCGACCAUCAAAUGGCGCGUCAGCUUCGAUGGCUUUCCUCUCGUCGUCGGCAUUGUCGUCGGCCUCGCCGACCGCCGCACCUUCCUCUUCAACAUCACCAUCAUCGAUUGGAUCCCCGACGGCAACGCCGAGCGCAAUGAGCACGCCAGAUCUUGA